AUGACUGAUUACUUUGAAUUAUUAAGUGCUGAAACAUAUGAAGAAUAUUUAAAACUGGUUAACGUAGAAGUUCAUCAAAAUAUUUCUAUGUGUCAAAAUAUUGCUAAAGAAUAUCAAAAAUUAAAGAUUGCGUCAGAAAAAGAAAAACAUGAAUCACAAAUUAAAUUAAAUGAAUCAGCUAAACCAUAUUAUGAACGUAGAAAAGCUAUUAUUAUGGGAGCACCAUUAACUGAUGAAGAGAUACAAGGAUAUCAAAUAAAUAGUGAAUGUCCACCAAAUGAAACAUCAGAAUAUCAAAAUGGAAUACCAUGUUUUUGGCUUCAUGUAUUAAAAAAUUCAGGAAUUUUUGAUGGAUUAUCAGGAAAUGAAGAAGAUUCAAUCAUAUUAACUUAUCUUCAAGAUAUUAAUGCAGAUUAUUUUCCAACAGAAGAUUGUACAUUAAAAGAUGGAACACCAUCAUUACUUUUUAAAUAUAAUGUAAAUUUCAUAUUGGAAAUAAUCCAUAUUUAA